AUGGCUGUGGCACUGGACGCCGUGUGGCUGCGGGUGAAGGCGGUGUGCAAGCAGAAUGGGCUGCUUAUCAUGUCGGUGAUGGCCGUCAUCAUCGGAUGCCUCCUCGGCUUCUUCCUACGCUCAAAGCAGCUCUCCGAGCAGACACCCUAUAACAGCUGUCUGUCUCUGUCUCUCUCUCCUCAGGAGGUCAAAUACUUCCAGUUUCCUGGUGAGCUUCUGAUGAGAAUGUUGAAGAUGCUUAUUCUACCCCUCGUCGUGUCCAGUUUGAUGUCUGGACUGGCAGCCCUGGAGCCUAAGUGCUCCAGCCGCCUGGGCCUAAUCACCGUCUCCUAUUACCUGUGGACCACCUUUCUGGCGGUGGUGGUGGGCAUCGUCAUGGUGCUGAUCAUCCACCCGGGCGGAAUGGCGCAGAAGGAGGAUUCGGAGGACAGCGGGAAGCCCAUCAUGAGCUCAGCCGAUGCCUUGCUCGAUCUGAUCCGAAACAUGUUCCCGGCCAACCUCGUACAAGCCACCUUUCAACAGUAUCGGACCAACAGCGUGCCCAUCAUGCAGUCCCCAAAGCCCACGAUCGCGCAGAGCCUCACAGAGAGCACCACCAAGAGGCCUCUGAUCUACGGCAUCCAGGAUGACAACGGAACCGACAUCCAGAACUUCCAGCUGGACCUGACGCCACCACCGGACGUGGUCUUUCGCACGUUACCAGGAACCAGCGAUGGCAUGAACGUCCUGGGAAUUGUGAUCUUCUCAGCAACAAUGGGAAUAAUGCUGGGCAGAAUGGGUCCGAAUGGGAGCGCCUUGGUCAACUUCUGCCAGAGUCUGAAUGAAGCUGUGCUUAGAAUCGUCGCCAUUGUCAUCUGGUACUUCCCGUUUGGAAUCGUGUUCCUGGUGGCGGGAAAGAUCCUGGAGAUGAGCGACCCCUCCGCCAUGGGAAAGAAGCUGGGCUUCUAUGCUAUUACCGUGGUGAUGGGGCUGAUCUUACAUGGCCUCUUCAUCCUACCAAGCAUGUAUUUCUUCAUCACUAAGAAGAGCCCAAUUGUAUACAUCAGGGGCAUCCUGCAGGCACUGCUCAUCUCCCUAGCAACCUCCUCCAGCUCUGCCACGCUGCCUAUCACCUUCAAGUGCCUCCUGGAAAACAACCACAUCGACCGGCGCAUCAUUCGCUUUGUGCUGCCCGUGGGAGCCACCAUCAACAUGGAUGGCACCGCGCUCUACGAGGCAGUGGCGGCCAUCUUUAUAGCCCAGGUCAACAACUACGAGCUGGACUUUGGCCAAAUUAUCACGAUCAGUAUCACAGCAACGGCAGCUAGCAUUGGUGCAGCUGGAAUUCCACAGGCUGGCCUGGUAACUAUGGUGAUUGUGCUGACAUCUGUUGGCCUGCCUACUGAUGACAUCACGCUUAUCAUCGCAGUGGACUGGGCUCUGGACAGAUUCCGUACCAUGGUGAACGUGAUGGGAGACGCCCUAGCCACCGGCAUCAUGGCACACAUCUGUCGGAAAGAUUUCAUGAAGGAGGGAGAUGGGCAAGUGCCGCUCAUCUGUGAGACCAAGCCCAUGAUCUGCGAGACCAAGCCCAUCAACAUCCAGCAGCUGAUGAACUGCCAGCAGAACAACGGCAGCUUCCAGCCCCACCCUCCCGGGGGGCACAAGCCCGACCACAUCCCCCCGGACCUGGCUCGCCUCAUGCAGCUGGAGGAAGGGGUGCGACCCCCACCCCCGGAGCGAAAGAAGCCCCCCAUCCCUCCGCGUCACCUGAAGAGCAAGGACAAGGACCAUUGUGCCAUCGACAUGAACGGCCUGGAGACAAACGUAUAGCCCACAGGCUGGGGGGGAGCUGGGUGACCUAGGCCCUCUAAGCGUGUGGGGGUCAACGUGAGGGGCCGACCAUGCGAGCAGAAACUGGAAGAGACGGAUGAUGUAUCGUCUUAGAUAUAUUAAUAAGACUGAUCGAUUGUUUAAAUGUGUUUGCUUGUUUGUUUGUGUGUGUGUGUGUUUGAGUUUUUGAGUCUUUGAGUUUUUUCUCCAAGUGUGAAUCCUGAGAAAUACAUGAAAGCAUAUUAUUAUGACUUUGGUCUUCUCUGGGAGACUCCAAGAAGAGGGGAGUGUGGAAAUGCCUGUUUUUGAUGUACUGGGAACAAAAAAAUGGCUGCCCAAAGCCAAGGCUUACAAUAUGAAGGAAACAUGAACGUGAGAACGUAAGGUGCACGUGAGAACGUUUCACCAUAUGGAGAGAACAGAGACUCCGGCAUCAGUGGUAGCCGCUGAAACAUGGCCGCCUUUACCCCUGUGGCCAAACUUGAUCGGUCCAAAAAAAACGCUUUGCAGAAGGUGCUCUUUCUUUAUGGCUGGGCAGAGGAAUAUCCAACACGGCCCUGGCAGAAUCCCUGAGGAGGAACUUGAACAUAAUCUCUCCUCUUGAGAUGAGAGGAAAUGGUUUUUUUUCUCUCUCUCUUGUAUAUAUGGAUGUGUACUAUCAAAAUUGUUUUUUUUUUUUCAAUUUUAUAUUAUCUAUCUGCCAUGUUUUGAUUUGUUGGGCAAUAAUCCUGCAAAAAUCUUACAACAGUACUUAAUGGGAAAAAUAUAAUAUUCUAGUUGCGCCUCCUAACCCCGCCCUCCUAUCUGCAAUGCUGUGCAUGACGCUUCUCUUCCAUAUGCAGAACACCCGCUUAGCAAAGAGUGGAGGA